AUGGCUUACGCCGAGCACUUUUCUAUCGCCAACAUCCCUUACGGGAUCGCGAGUGACGAAUCGCAUAGCAAGUCCGUCGCCACAAGGCUAGAGAACAAAGUGUUCUUCCUAGUCGACCUUGAUCUGAACUAUAGCCCGGGUAUACAGGCUGCUGUAUGGCAGCCUACUCUCAACAUGUUAGCAGCUAAAAGCAAGGAUGAGUUGAGGUUGUUGCGAGCCGACAUACAGAGAUGUCUCAGUGAGAAAGAUAACGUGGCCAAGUACGGCAAGAAAAUCGACAGCGUUACACUUCAUCUACCCAUCGACGUGCGCGGCUUCACAGACUAUUCUUGCUCGAGGGAGCACAAUGAGAAUGCGUCCACGGCGCUCUUUGGAAAGUGCAUGGUCCCCGAGUCCUUUCCUCACUCCCCGAUGGGAUACUCGGGACGUCCCUCUUCGAUCGUAGUAUCCGGGACGCAGAUCCGAAGGCCAUGCGGCGUAUACAAAGUGGGGGAUAAAGUAGAGUAUGGAGUGUGCCAGCAGCUGGACUACGAGCUUGAAAUGGCUUGCAUUGUUGGAAAACCGAGCCAACUGGGAGAGCAUGUGCAGCUGAAAGACGCUGACGACCAUAUCUUCGGCUUGGUGCUACUCAACGACUGGAGUGCACGAGAUAUCCAAGGUUUCGAGAUGCUACCAUUGGGACCUCUUAAUGGCAAGAGCUUUGGUACUUCGAUUUCGCCCUGGGUUGUGACACUAGAAGCCUUGGAGCCCUUUGAAGCUUCGCCGUCACACAGGGUCGAGCCAGUAACGGCAUUUCUGCAAGACGUGAAAGAAAAACCAAACUACAAUAUCACUCUAGAAGCCUCCAUCCUGAGCAAGGGUCACACGACGAAGGUUUGCAAGGCGAAUAUCUCUUGGAUGUACUGGACGUUCCGGGACUUGGUAGCCCAGCAAACUGUAAAUGGAUGCAACGUCAACACAGGCGACGUGUUGGCGACGGGGACGGUCUCGGGCAAGGGAGACGAUGAACAUGGUUGUCUACUUGAGAUGACCCGAGGAGGCAAGGUCGAGUUCACGCUGAGUGACGGACAGAAGAGGACCUACCUACAGGAUGGCGACAGCGUGCGAAUGACGGGGUUCGCGGGACCCGGUGUUGGCUUCGGUGACUGCAGCGGCCUUAUCGUCCCCGCUCGGCCCCUAUGA